UGUCCUGCCGCGCAGGCCGGGGCCGGCGGGCUCGCUGACGGCGGCAGGUGCUCCGCGACAACGCGCCUACGGGCUCCUUCCGCGAAGUUUGCGGGCGGGAGGAGGAGGGGAGCCGCGGCGGGACUGCAGCAGCCGGGCUGGAAAUGCCCCUGAGGAGCCUCCUGCUAACGGCGGGGCUGCGGCGGCGCCGCUGAAGCCCGCGCUGGCCGCCCGCCGGGACGCCUCUUCCUCCGGGGACGGAAGGGACGGAGCCGGCCGCGCUGCGGCUGAGCCGCCUCCGCGGGGCUCGCCUCUUCCCGGGGUCCGGCGCUGGGGGCUUUGCCCUUUCCCGCCACCGGCGCUGCGGAGCGCGGUCCUGCGCGCCCCGCUCCCGGCUCCGCGCCGGCGCCCGCCCCCCCGCGCCGGCCGGGCAGCUCUGUGCCGGGCAGCUCGGUGCCCGCCGCAGCCCCGCACGGCUGCAUGCCCGCCGCGGUCUCGGCACGUCUGGAUUCGCUGGAGUCCUGGGCCUUCCAUGCGCUGCUGGUGCUGCCCUAUAUGUUUUACGUGGGCUUGUUCUUUGUCAACGUGCUGAUCCUGUACUAUGCCUUCCUGAUGGAGUACAUCGUUCUCAAUGUAGGCAUCGUCUUCCUGCCCGAGGAUAUGGACCAGGCUCUGGUGGAUCUGGGGGUGUUCUCUGACCCUGGCUCCGUGCUCUACGAGACGGACAGCGAGCUGGAUGUCUUUGAUGGGUACUUGGAGUGACGCCCCGGGGCGCUCCGAAGCGACUGCGGGCUGACGCCGCCCGGCCCGGGGCUGGGGCCGGCUGUCCCGCCAUGGCCGUGGCUCGGGGACCGCCGCGACCCCGGGACGCUCUCGCUGCGGCUCGGCUCCUUCUGCGCAGCAUCUCCCCUCCCGAAUGCCCCCCCCCCCCGUCCCCCCGGUGCGAGGGCGAGGCGGGGGCCGGGACCCGCUGCCGCCGGGCAGGGACGCGGACGCGCUGCGGGGCUCGCCCGGGAAAUUCAUUAAACACCUGAAAUGGACUAUGACCAGGUUAAUGGAUCAAGUCAUGGAAAGAAACUAUAUUCUGAAAUGUAGAGAUGAAAAGAAGGACAAGGGGACAAGAAGAGUUGUCAUCAGACCUUCUCAGGUGUGACUUUUCUCCAUGGUCAUUGCCUCUUGAGUGUGCACUAGCUGCAGUGAUUCAUGCACCAUACUGGGCUUCCAUAGGUAAUUCUGGGAUGGACUGUAUGAACAAAUAAUAUAAGCUAUAUUCUAUUAUAACAGAAAAUCAAGAUGUUACUCAGAUUUGAUAAACUUUUGAAUAAAUACAAUGUCACCCGAAUGGACACGCUUACAUACUGCUUAAGCAAGUUUUACAAUCACACAUUGAAAACUCUACCGGCCAGUAGUUCAAAGACAGCACUCUCUCAGGGGAAAAUAUGCAGGAGUGACUGCAAGGAGGUUCUGUUCAGGGCAGUAUUACGGCAAGAACUGUGCUAGUAAGAUAUUUUAUUUAAAUAUUGAGUUUUGAAAUAGAUCAGAGAGUGAAUUUUAUACAAGUCAGGUGGAUUCAUUAUCUAACAAGAUACUUUGCAGAUUGUUUAGGCUUAUGUUCCUAUGUACAGAUGUGAAAGCAAUAUAAUAAAGACUGACCUUUUCCAUGAAAAA